ACAAACUGAGUCCAUCUCUGCAGGCGGGGACAGGUUGGGCUUUCAGGGCGGGGUUCAGUGCUUAAAACCAGUUUCACUCAGCUACAUCUGUUUUCAGCACUCCAAGAAACUCAGGUUGCAAAGGAGCAACAUGGAUCUCUCUGAUGCUCUAGAUGGGCAAGCUAAUAACCAAACCAACUCAGGAGCUCCUGGGUUCACCAAUCCAGCAUGGCCAGGAGGACAACAAGCUCCCACCUGGCCGGGACAACCAGGUCCUAACCCCACCUGGCCGGGACAACCAGGUCCUAAUCCCACCUGGCCGGGACAACCAGGUCCUAACCCCACCUGGCCAGGAGGACAAUCUGGCGGGGGUGGCAUGUGGCCUGGUGGACCCGGAGGAUGGCAAAAUCCUUCUGUUGGGCCAGGACCUGGCCCUGGACCGACUGUCCCAACUUCUCCACAACAAAGUUUGUCUGUUCCGUUUAAUCAAAAACUACCAAAUGGAGUUUACGACAAGAUGCUGAUCACCAUCGUUGGAACCGUCAAACCCAACGCAGAACGGUUCACAGUGGAACUGGCUGCAAAGAGCGACUUGGCCUUCCAUUUCAACGCUCGCUUUAAUGAGCGUAGCAAGAAGGUGAUUGUGAGGAACAGCCUCAUAGCCAAGAAGUGGGGCAAAGAGGAGAGAGAUCUGGAGCACUUCCCCUUCAUCCAGGGUCAGCCGUUUGAGAUGAAGAUCCUGUGCACCAACAAAGAGUUUAAGGUGGCCGUUAACAAGUCUCACCUGCUUGAGUUCAAACACCGGAUCACCAACCUGAGUUCCGUCGAUACCCUCAGCAUCUUUUUUGACCUCACUCUGUCCAGUGUCAACAUGGAGAACAUCCCCUGAUCAAUUACAGAUUUUAUGACCAUGUGAAACUAGAAAGAGACGCCUUCUUGUAAGAAAUCGACUUAGGAAAACGAAAGAUCAACUAGAGACAUACUCACUAUUCAAAGAUCCAAAAAUUUAGAGAUUCUCCUGAAACUGACAUAAUCCAUUCCAGCUCUACCAAAGAUCAUGCUAAAACUGAUCAUCAGAUGAUCCACAGCAGAUUCUUUUAUUCUUGUUUGGGUUUUUUUUUACCAAUCAACACAACUGUGCUCAAAGGAGUAAUGAAGAUGAUCAAUAAAUUGAUUAGAUGAUUGUG